AUGCCUGUGGCCUCGUCCAAAUCGCAUCGUGGGCAUAAGGGUGGGGUGGUGAAACACGAAGACCAACGUGGUACCCCUACACCACGCAAGAAAAAAGAUCCGAAUGCACCCAAAGGUCCUGGCAACGUCUUCUUUUUGUAUUGUCGUUUGGAACGUGAUAACAUCAAGGACGAGGUGCCCAGCGAAAACCUGGGAGAUGUCACCCGUUUACUGGGACAAAAAUGGAAAGCUUUGACAAAGGACGAGAAGAAGAAAUAUUACGAUAUGUAUAAAAAAGAACAGGAAGAAUAUGAAGAAGCAAUGAAAUCCUACACUGCAGCGGGAGGAGCCGCCGGGGGAGCCGCCGCCGCCGCCGCAGCAGCAGCAGCAGCUAGCAAAGGCGAAACUUCCUCUUCACAAGAAACGCCUGCACAAACACCGAAAAAAGAAGAUACAGCACCGGAAGAUGAUGAGGAAAUUGAUAUGCUUCAAGAUGAUGAGGACGAAGAAGAACCUUCGGCUGCUCCAUCCAGAGAUGAAGAAGCGACAGCUACGCCUCAAAGUAUUCCCGCAAGCCCUGUUCUCCAUCCUUCCACCACCUCUCAACAAACCAGCACCAUGUCUUCCCCUCAACUGAAUCCCCCCACCGAAGAUGAAGAAAUGGGUUCGCCAGUAAAGACCGAAACUUCCAACACCUCUUGA